AUGGAAGAAAAAUGGAUAAAGCACUAUUGUAACCACCAUAAGAUACUACUUGUGGGAGAAGGAGACUUUUCUUUUGCACUAUCUCUGGCAAAUGCAUUUGGUUCUGCUUCUAACAUUGUAGCAACUUCUCUUGAUUCUAAAGGAUCGUUAAUAAUAAAAUAUUCAAGAGCUUCAACAAUUUUGGAAGAAUUAGAGAAAUUUGGGUGUUACAUUGUACAUGAAGUGGAUGCUUGUAGCUUCCAUAAGCACCCAAUGUUGCAAAAUAAAAUUUUCGAUCGUAUACUUUAUAAUUUCCCUCAUGCUGGAUUUGAUUUGGCGGAGAAUAAUUUGAACCAAAUCAGGCUUCAUCAAGAAGUGGUGCGUGGAUUUUUGAAAUGUGCAAAGAAGAUGCUAACUAAGGAUGGUGAAGUUCACAUUACACACAAGAAUACCUAUCCAUUUUGUAAAUGGGGAAUAAUUAAAUUAGCAGAGAAAACUGAUUUGGUCUUUGUUGAAAAAAUUCCAUUUAAAAUAAGCGAUUAUCCAGGUUAUGUAAACAAGAGAGGAUCAGGAGAAAACUGUGAUGGAACUUUUCUUGUAGGUAAUUCAAGCACCUUCAAAUUUUCAAAACCAAAAUAUGUAAAACCACUCUCUUUAGGGCUUCCUGUUUUGUUAGAAGAUUUGGAGUCAAGACACUUGAAAAAUUACUCCAAUAAAAUCAUGUGGGCAUAUCAAAAUCAAAAGAGUAAUAGAAUUGAAUCAAAAAAGGAAGGAAGAUGGAUGAAACAUUAUAGUAGCUGCCAUAAGAUAUUGCUGGUUGGAGAAGGAGAUUUCUCUUUUGCACUUUGUUUGGCUAGGGCAUUUUGCAAUGCUUCCAACUUGGUUGCAACUUCCCUUGAUUCUAAAGUGUCAGUGAUGAGGAACUCCUACACAGCUUCAAUGAAUAUGCUAAGUCUAGAGAAUUUUGGUUGCACAAUUUUGCAUGAAGUGGAUGCUCAUAGCAUGUACCAACACCCAUCGUUGCUUCACAAAUUAUUCGAUCGAAUAGUCUUUAAUUUUCCUAAUGCUGCAGAGUUUGAUUUUCCAGAAUAUAAACCCUACAAAAUUUGGCAUCAUCAAAAGUUGGUGUUGGGCUUUCUACAAAGUGCAAGGAAAAUGCUAAGUUGUGAUGGUGAAGUUCAUGUGACAUUAAAGAGUACUUACCCUUUUAAUAAAUGGGGAGUAGUGAAUUUGGCAGAGAAAGCUGGUUUGGUGUUGAUUGAAAAGGUUCCAUUCAAAAUGCGAGAUUAUCCAGGUUAUGCUAAUAAAAGAGGAUCUGGACCUAAUUGGAAUGAAAAUUUGGAUGUUGGUCGUUGUAGUACCUUCAAAUUCUCAAAAGCAAGAGAUGUGGAAUUUUUUGUAGGGCUUUCUGAUGUAUCUGUGGAACCAAACUCAGUUCAGUUAAAAGAUGCAAGUGAUUCUGAAUUCAAGUUAUGGAGUAAAGAUCAAAAUGUUCAAGAUUUUACUUCGACAAGUUCGAUUCAACUGAAUUCUGCAAAAAAAUCAAAUUUGAUAUCAAUGUGUACAAUUUUAUGA